AUUAUGAAAUAAUGAAGUAAAAGAAAGGCAAUUUUUCAAAAGGAGAACACUCUUCCUUUGCAUAGAACUCCACAAAGACCACAUUGUCAAGUGUCACCUCUCUCUCUCUCUCCGUACCUUGCUGCUUCAUCCAAUGGCGUUUUUGAAACUUCACUCUCUUUGCAUUCUCUGCAUCUUCUUGGCCUUACCCUUCACUGCUGCACUCACCGAGUCGUUGUCUUCGUCUUCGGCUUCUGCUUCUUCUUCUACUGAUGUUGGACUUCUGCUGGGAAAGAUCAAAGCUUCACUGCAAGGUAACUCUGAAAAUCUUUUGCUCUCUUCGUGGAACUCCUCCGUUCCUCUUUGCCAAUGGCGAGGCCUCAAAUGGGUCUUUUCAAAUGGUUCCCCUCUCUCUUGCUCUGACCUCUCUGCACCAGAAUGGACCAAUCUUUCACUUUAUAAAGACCCAUCUUUGCACUUGCUUUCUCUCCUGCUCCCAUCUGCUAAUCUCACAGGUUCACUUCCUAGAGAGCUUGGUGAGUUCUCUAUGCUUCAAAGUUUGUAUCUUAACAUUAAUUCGCUGACUGGAACCAUCCCUCUUGAGCUCGGUUACAGCUCUUCGCUAUCUGAUAUUGAUUUGAGUGACAAUUUGUUUACUGGGGUUUUAGCUCCAUCUAUCUGGAAUCUAUGCGAUAGAUUAGUUUCACUUAAACUUCAUGGUGAUUCAAUAUCUGGGUCUCUCCCUGAACCUGCAUUGCCCAACUCUACUUGCAAGAAUAUGCAGUUUCUUGACUUGGGUAGCAACAAGUUUUCUGGGAAUUUCCCUGAAUUUUUGACUCGUUUCCAAGGGCUCAAGGAGCUCGAUCUUUCUAAUAACAUGUUUUCGGGCUCUAUCCCUCAGAGUUUAAGUGCGUUGAGCCUUGAAAAAUUGAAUCUUUCACACAAUAAUUUCAGUGGGAUGUUGCCUGUUUUUGGUGAAUCAAAGUUUGGUGUGGAGGUUUUUGAAGGUAACGAUCCUAGUCUUUGUGGGUUACCUUUAAGGAGCUGUAGCGGAGGUUCAAGAUUGACCUCAGGAGCAAUUGCUGGUAUGGUGAUUGGAUUAAUGACUGGAGUUGUAGUUUUGGUCUCAUUAUUAAUUGGCUAUAUGCAAAACAAGAAGAGGAAAGGUAGGGAAGAGAGUGAAGAUGAAUUAGAGGAAGGAGAAGAUGAAGAAAAUGGUGGUAAUGGAGGUGAAGGGAAGCUAAUUUUGUUUCAAGGCGGCGAGCAUUUGACAUUAGACGAUGUUUUGAAUGCAACUGGUCAAGUAACUGAGAAGACGACAUAUGGGACUGUUUAUAAGGCAAAGCUUGCUGAUGGAGGCACAAUUGCUUUGAGGUUAUUGAGAGAAGGUAGUUGCAAAGAUAGGAGUUCUUGCUUACCAGAGAUAAAGCAACUGGGAAAGAUUCGACAUGAAAACUUGAUUCCUUUGAGAGCUUUCUAUCAGGGGAAAAGGGGGGAGAAGCUGCUCAUAUAUGAUUAUCUUCCAAAUAAAAACCUUUAUGAUCUCUUACAUGAAACUAAAGCAGGAAAACCAGUGUUGAACUGGGCUAGGCGGCACAAGAUUGCAUUGGGUAUAGCCAGGGGACUAGCAUAUCUUCAUACAGGCCUUGAGACACCCAUUACACAUGGAAACGUGAGAUCCAAAAAUGUGCUUGUGGAUGAAUUUUUUGUUGCCAGGCUUACUGAAUUUGGGCUUGACAAGCUAAUGGUCCCAGCUGUGGCUGAUGAAAUAGUGGCACUUGCAAAAACUGAUGGUUACAAAGCUCCAGAGCUUCAGAGGAUGAAGAAAUGCAAUUCCAGAACAGAUGUUUUUGCAUUUGGAAUACUUUUGCUUGAGAUUUUGAUUGGCAAAAAACCUGGGAAAAAUGGAAGAAACGGUGAUUUUGUGGACUUGCCUUCAAUGGUGAAAGUGGCAGUUUUGGAGGAAACAACAAUGGAAGUUUUUGAUGUGGAGCUUUUGAAGGGGAUAAGGAGUCCAAUGGAAGAAGGAUUGGUUCAGGCGCUGAAACUCGCAAUGGGAUGCUGCGCUCCGGUGCCUUCAGUUAGACCUACCAUGGAAGAAGUUGUGAAGCAAUUGGAAGAGAACAGACCUAGAAACCGCUCUGCUUUGUACAGUCCAACCGAAACAAGGAGCGAAAUCGGUACCCCUUUCUAAUUAAGCUUUGCUUUUCAUUUUAAAUUAGCUCUUUAUCAGUUAUGCAUUAACUGGGGCAGUGGUAGCUGAUGCUUGUAAUGUUGUUUUCUCAUAUUUGUGUAAUAGAGAAUCAAUUUCUGUGUC